CGGCUCUAGCCCAGCAAGCACACAUGACAGGAGUACUCCAGAAUUAUGAAAUUCUUCAUAUGGCUAUGGAUCUUCCUUCCCUUUUCAGGUAUUCGUACAUUUAUCCAAAUACACCUUUAUUUAUAUACUUAAAAAUCCAUUCACUUAAUUGGCUUUUAAUGGACCUUAUAUAUUGGUGACCAGAUCUUACCUUAAACCCAGGCAGGGUGCUCUCUAAUGUUUGAAUUAACUUACUGAAUGUUAAAUUACAGAUCUAAAUAGUCUAAUUAAAAAAAUUAGCUGAUUUUAGUCUAAAAUUUAAAAUACAUUUUAAGUUCAUUUGGAUUUUCUUAGAAUAUUAAUAAAUGAUUCUGAGAGUGGUUUGGACACAAACUGGGGACUUUGUCUGCUAAACCAGGACUCUUGGGAAGUAUGAUUGCUGUAUUGUUUGAACUUUUCGUUUUUGUUUAUUGUACAUUGUUGAUAUACUGUGCAUGAAGAAACCUUUUCAGUGACAGCCACACACACACACCCUUCCCUUCUGGGACAAAUCAGUGCAUCUCACAAUGGAAAUGCACAACUCCUUUUCGCCUCCAACAAGCAAAUCAAAUUCCUCUUAAUCAGUGCCAAAACUAAUCUCUUUGUCCGGGAAUUACAUGUUGGAUUUAUUCGUUCGGGCGAAGAUUAACAGGAAUUUGAUUCAUUUGUCACAAGUGAAAAGGGUUUGUGUACAAGUCUAAAGGAUAUUUCUAUCUUCUCCUUAGUACAAUGCAUGGAUCAAAUUCUCUUUAUUCUGCUCUGAAGUUAUUUGAGAAAGACACCAAGGCGCAUAUAUGAUAUUCUAUGAACUGAAGAUGGGAAUAUACACUGAACAAAAUUAUAAAAGCAACUUUUUUGUUUUUGCCCCUAUUUUUCAUGAGCAGAACUCAAAGAUAUAAGACUUUUUCUAUGUACACAAACGCCCUACUUCUCUCAAAUAUUGUUCACAAAUCUGUCUAAAUCUGUGUUAGAGAGCACUUCUCCUUUGCCGAGAUAAUCCAUCCACCUCACAGGUGUGGCAUAUCAAGAUGCGGAUUAGACAGCAUGAAUAUUGCACAGAUGUGCCUUAGGCUGGUCACAAUAAAAGGCCACUCUAAAAUGUGCAGUUUUACUGUAAUGGAGGGGUCCGAAAACCAGUCAGCAUCUGGUGUCCCUCACGCAGUGCAACACAUCUCCUUCGCAUAGAGUUGAUCAGGUUGUUGAUUGUAGCCUGUGGAAUGUUGGUCCACUUCUCUUCAAUGGCUGCUGAAGUUGCUGGAUAUCCCAAACAUGCUCAAUGGGUGACAUGUCCGUGAGUAUGCUGGCCAUGCAAGAACUGGGAUGUUUUCAGCUUCCAGGAAUUGUGUACAAAUCCUUGCAACGUGGGGCAUGCAUUAUCAUGCUGCAACAUGAGCUGAUGGUCAUGGACGAUUGGCACAACAAUGGGCCUUAGGAUCUCGUCACGGUAUCUCAUGCAGAUGAGCUUUCCUGAGACACUUUCUGACAGCUUGUGCAGAAAUUCUUUGGUUAUUCAAACCGAUUGUUGCAGCAGCUGUCCAUGUGGCUGGUCUUAGACAAUCUUAGAGGUGAAAAUGUGGAUGUAGAGGUCCUGGGCUGGUGUGGUUACACGAGGUCUGCGGUUGUGAGGCCGGUUGGAUGUACUGCCAAAUAUUCUGAAACACCUUUGGAGGUGGCUUAUGGUAGAGAAAUUAACAUUCAAUUCACGGGCAACAGCUCUGGUGGACAUUCCUGCAGUCAGCAUGCCAAUUGCACCCUCCCUCAAAACUUGCAACAUCUGUGGCAUUUUGCUCUGUGAUAAAACUGCCCAUUUUAGAGUGGCCUUUUAUUGUGCCACCUGUGCAAUAAUCAUGCUGUCUAAUCAGCAUCUUGAUAUGCUACACCUGUGAGGUGGAUGGAUUAUCCCGGCAAAGGAGAAGCGCUCACUAACAGAUUUAGACAGAUUUGUGAACAAUAUUUGAGAGAAGUAGGACUUUUGUGUACAUAGAAAAAGUCUUAGAUCUUUGAGUUCAGCUCAUGAAAAAUGGGGGCAAAAACAAAAGUGUUGCGUUUCUAAUUUUGUUCAGUGUAUGUGUCGCAAUUUUAUUUUGUAUCUGUUUUUUUCCUUAUAUACUCAUGUUCAGAUUUAAUGGAGGUUAAAACAAACACACCGGAAACUACGAGCAUGUUGGGAAAAGACGUUUUACUUGACUGUCAUUUUAUAAACGCUGGAUCCGUCAAACUGGAAGACAUAGCCGUGAAAUGGACAGUAGACAGAAGAAGUCAGGUUAAAACUAUUUACUUGUUUGACGGAAAAACAGAACAAUAUCACAAGGACAGAAUCACUUUGGAUUUGAUGCUGAUUAAGGAAGGCAAUGCAUCAAUACACCUGCAGGACGUCACCCUGGAGGAUGAGGGAGACUAUAAGUGCACCAUCUUAAUCACCCCUGACGUUGGUAGCUCCACUGUCCUACUGAAAGUGGCAGGUAAAUUAUCAUCAGUCUUAAAGGAAUACUCUCAGCACCAUAACAACUUUAGCUUAAUGAAGCCUUUUUAUAGAUUAUGCCCCUGGAGUCUCACUGCUCAAUUUUCUGGCAUUUAGGAGUUAAAUCACUUUUGUUAAUGUGCAUGCAGCCCCAGUCACACCUCCCCUGGCUGUGACACGCAAUUUGCCCCUUUUGCCCCAAUACAAAGACUGACAUUAAGUCUUUGUAUUGUAUCCAGUACCACGUUAGUCGCGGUGGCUGUCUAAAUAAAGUCUACUUUCCCUCACAGCUCAACCUUCCGUGGCAUUGGCGCCAGUGAAUCCGCACCUUUCUCAUGGGGAGACUAAAACAUUUUUUUGCGAAGCCAGUCAGUUUUACCCACAAGACAUUGAGAUAAUCUGGCUUUUAAAAUCACAUGGCGAAGAGGUGCCACUGACCACGAAAAUCUGCACCGGGCUCCCCUCGCUCAUUGAUAAUGGUACGUUCAAUGUCAGCAGUCAGAUAUCGAUGAUCUUCACUGAGGAAGACGCUGGGAGUGUCUACAUCUGUGAGGUCAAUCAUGAGUCUCUUCCGAGGCCACUCAGGAGAAAUACCACCAUACUCUUUGCAAGUAAGUACCUGUAGCACCCAUUGUAUAUAUUGUACCACUGUAACGUAUAGCCCCCCUGGUUCAGGACCCAUAAUUUAGUCCUCACGAGUCUGCUUGGGUACAUCAUAUUUAUCAUCAAAAAUGCAAAUGCCUAUAACAGGGGUGCCCAAAAGGUAGAUCCCCAGAUGUUUUAAAACUACAAUUUCCAUGAUGCUUUUUUCUCCUAAAGGCAUGCAAAGCAUCAUGGGACUUGUAGUUCACCGACAUAUGGGGAUCUACCUUUUGGGCACCCCUGGUCUACAAUAAGGUAUUGGCACAGUCUCCCCAAUCUCUGACACUUCGAAUAUGAAACCAUUGCCCUACAUAGACCCAAACUAAAGAAAAUAGAUUUUGUAAUAUUAUGUGUUACCAGCAGGUGGAGACAAAGAUUUUAUUUAAUGUUAGUAGUAAAAAGGCAUAAAAGUAAGUGAAGAAAAUCCCUCACUCACAAAAACCAUGUAACCGCAACUCCAAAAUUAAAGGAACACUAUAGUCACCUAAACAAUUUUAGCUUAAUGAAGCAGUUUUAUUGUAUAGAUCAUGCCUCUCAGGUUUCACUGCUCAAUUCUCUGCCAUUUAGGAGUUAAAUCACUUUGUUUCUGUUUAUGCAGCCCUUGUCACACUUCCCCUGUCUCUGACUGACACAUCCUGCAUAAAAAAAACUGGUUUCACUUUCAAUCAGAUGUAAUUUACAUUAAACAAUUUUAUCUCUAGCUCUGUAAAUUGAACUUUAAUCACAUACAGGAGGCUCUUGCAGGGUCUAGCAAGCUAUCCAUAAAGACACACAAGAGCAAUGAGAGCAUGUCAGAGUAGGAGGAGGGACUGAUGGAUAACAUGCCCGUCGUGUGUAAAUAAUCCGGUAAAAGUGGUGGGUGGAAGAACCAAUCAAUGACAGGAGAGAGAGGGUUGGGUGAUGGAAGCAAGGAAACUGAUGAGGGAAAUUUCAUAGAGAUUUUCAAAUUUAAAAACACUAUAGUGUUAGGAAUAUAAAGCUGUAACUCUAACACUAUAGUCUAUUAUGGCCCUGCACGUCCCACCCCCUCAUGGCAAUUAAAGGGUUAAAAACCUUUAAACACCAUAUUCCAGUGACGAGGGACCUCAGUGCAGGCUCCAUCGCUGCCUCCUCUGACAUCAUCGCGAGGUUGAACCCAAUACACAUGCGCGGCAAGCAACGCACACACAUUCGGCCUUCCCAAAUCACUGAAUAAAUGCUUUCCUAUGGGAAGGCUUAAUAUUUUAUCAUAUGUUACCAGGAUUUAUCAGGGUUAUUCACUAAAGUGAGAAUUCAAGGUAAAUUUCUAAUUUAAGGUCAAAAUAGCUGAAGUCAACUGUGCUUUAAUUUCAGCCACUCUGGUCUUCAAUUUGAAAUUCACUUUGUGUGGGGGUCUACUUGCAGGGGACGCGAUUGUCUGCCAAGAACUCCCUUUCCCCCUUAGCGAUUAUAGCCCAAGUGAUUGUAGCCAGUAUAGCUGUCACACCCAAACACUAGCCGAGACUUGGUGAAGUGUGAAGAAGAACUGUUUUAUUGGAGUCAAUGGCACGCUUUUAUACAUGGGUCCCCAACUGGGGGUCACCAGGCAAACAAUGGACAUUGCACAAUACCUGCUGCCUAGGUGUCUGUACCUGACCAGAUGAUUUUAUUAGCAGCCAGACACCUCGGCACCUAAUAACAUUUCUACAUAAUAAAUAGGGUUUCCGUGCCCGCAUCUCCAAGCCAGGGCAAUCCCUGGAUAACGGUCUACGGAGCGCCCAUUGUGUCCAAAAUAGCGCUUGGAUUGGACGUGGCUAGCCCGAGUGGUCUGAAUGUCAAGUUUUGAUCGGGCCUCGAGCUCGGAGUUCCAGAGUGCUGAAUGGAAAGUCCUGUUCACUUUCAAUUUUGUAAUUUUCCGUGGGUACAUUGAGCACCCUCAACUCCUUGGUACUGUUCCAUGCCUCAUCACCUACUCUGUCACCCCUCCAAAUAGCUCCCUGUUUGUUGGUCCUGGGACGGAGAGUGAACUCUGCGAGUCUCCUCCAAGGUUCUGAUGUCUCUGGUACUCCAGCUGCGAGGCACGAUCUGGAGUGGGAAUAUUUAGGAGAUCAUAGUUCUUUUAGGAGGAGGUGAUAGUUAGGAGCCAUGUACAAGUCCUAAGUGACCAGGUGGUCUGUCACACUUUGAAAUACAGAAACUUUUCAAUACACCAAAUAAACGCUGUUUAGGGAAUGACUCAAUUUCUAAUCAUCUUGAGAACCACUUCAAAAUGUCAUACAGAAGGUAGGAUUGUUGCUACUACAAUGACUCUCUCUCCUAGAUUGGGGUUAUUUAAGGUAAUUCUUACAGUGUUUAGUAGGCCCGAAACGAUUAUCAUCACUCAUAUAUUGAUAGCAGCAACCUCGGUUAUAUCGACAUAUUGGAAAUAUCCGACUGUUCUAAGUAAAAAAAAAUUCUCUACUCAUAAAAAACAGGAGCUAGAAAUGGUCACAAGACAAUCGUCUGCAAUUUAUGCACAAUUAGGUCAAGUAUGGGAUUCUUGGGAAAAGAAAAUGAGAGAGGCAUAAUAAUUAAAUAUGGACCAUAUUAUAAGGUAAAUUAUUAUAAUAUAAAAAAAUAUUUAUGUUCAUGGUACAUGGUCAAAAUAUGAAAGUUGUAAUAAUGAUUUGUAACUUGUAAAUGUUGCCUAUUUUUAUAUAUAAGUUACUGCAAGUGAAUUUGGUAAAAAAAUAUAUAUAUUUUUUUCUUUAAAUGACAAAAUUGAUAGUCAAUGUCAUGUAUGUUUGAUUUAUUUUAUAUCACCCUGCUUUUCCCUUUUAUAUUUUACCUUUUUUUCUUAAUUCUGUUACCCCCUUAUUUUUUAAUUGGUACGUAUGAUUAUUAUAGAUGAUGUUUCUACCUAAAAUUGUGAAAAAAAAUCAGAUUAGUUACAAAUUAUAAUAAAAAGAAAUGACAAUCUCUUCCUUCUAACUUGUAUUGUUUGUAGUUCCAGAGAUGAUUCCGAGGGACACGGGAUUCAUUGUGGGAGUUGUUAGUGUCAUUUUAAUUACACUAGUCGUCUUCCUGGGGGUUGGCAUCAUGUACCAAAAGCAGUUCGCAAAAGGUAUUUUCCAAAAAUUCUAUUACAGCAUUAUUUUUAAUGUGAGUCCCACUCAUAUAUUACCUUUAAACGACACACUUAUAUUAUAUUACAGUAGAGGGAGGUACAGUUAGUGCAGUAGGUAUACAGUGUAUGUAUAUUGUAUUUAUAUAGCGCUAACAGGUGUACUCAGCACUUUACAGGUUACAUUACAGUAGAGGGAGGUACAGUAAGUGCAGUAGGUAUACAGUGUAUGUAUAUUUUAUUUAUAUAGCGCUAACAGGUGUACUAAGCACUUUACAGGUUACAUUACAGUAGAGGGAGGUACAGUAAGUGCAGUAGGUAUACAGUGGAUGUAUAUUAUAUUUAUAUAGCGCUAACAGGUGUACUCAGCACUUUACAGGUUACAUUACAGUAGAGGGAGGUACAGUAAGUGCAGUAGGUAUACAGUGGAUGUAUAUUAUAUUUAUAUAGUGCUAACAGGUGUACUCAGCACUUUACAGGUUACAUUACAGUAGAGGGAGGUACAGUAAGUGCAGUAGGUAUACAGUGGAUGUAUAUUAUAUUUAUAUAGCACUAACAGGUGUACUCAGCGCUUUACAGGUUACAUUACAGUAGAGGGAGGUACAGUAAGUGCAGUAGGUAUACAGUGAUGUAUAUUUUAUUUAUAUAGUGCUAACAGGUAUACUAAGCACUUUACAGGUUACAUUACAGUAGAGGGAGGUACAGUAAGUGCAGUAGGUAUACAGUGUAUGUAUAUUAUAUUUAUAUGGCGCUAACAGGUGUACUAAGCACUUUACAGGUUACAUUACAGUAGAGGGAGGUACAGUAAGUGCAGUAGGUAUACAGUGGAUGUAUAUUAUAUUUAUAUAGCACUAACAGGUGUACUCAGCACUUUACAGGUUACAUUACAGUAGAGGGAGGUACAGUAAGUGCAGUAGGUAUACAGUGGAUGUAUAUUAUAUUUAUAUAGCACUAACAGGUGUACUCAGCACUUUACAGGUUAGUUACAGUAGAGGGAGGUACAGUAAGUGCAGUAGGUAUACAGUGUAUGUAUAUAUUAUUUAUAUAGCACUAACAGGUAAUCCCUUCCACAAUAAAUGUUAAUAUAACUGCAUAGAAUUCAUAUAGCGCUAACAGGUGUACUCAGCAUUAAGCAUCAUGGAACAUUACAGUAGAGGGAGGUACAGUGAAAAGUGCAGUAUGGUUAUACAGUGUAUGCAUAUAUAUUAUUUAUAUAGCACUAACAGGUAAUCCCUUCCACAAUAAAUGUUAAUAUAACUGCAUAGAAUUCAUUUAUUUAUUUAUUAGAUCACACAAAUACAUAUGUGUUAAAUUUAGUGGGAAACGUAAACAUAAUAUUAAGCAUCAUGGAAUUUUUAAAUAAAUAAUGACUUUUUCCAGCCUGCUCCUCUCUUUUUUUAUUUUACAAAAAGGGCAUAUUUCAAUAGAAAUUGGCACUUUUAUAAAUGAAUCUUGUCACACUCCCCUGGCUAUCAAUCAGACAGCAGGUCCUGUUACUUCCUGCUUUGUUAAGCUCACUGGUACAACUCAGAGGCAGCUAUUGCCCGGAGCACCUUAAAAGACUUAUCAUUGAGCUGCAUUUGGAAAGUUUGUGAUUGGACAGCCACAGAAAGUCUGGGCGGGAUCAGAAGGGGAGGACUUGCAAGGACUGCAGACAAGAGAUCUGCAGCAAUUGCAAGUUAAUUGUAUAUGUAUCCAAGUGUAAAAAUGCAUUUUAAAUGUUUGCAUGUUUCCAUUGGGUCUAAAUUAAUUAAAAGUGUUUUUUUUAAUUAUUAAAAAAGAAUUGAAUUGGGCAGUGGAGUGUCCCUUUAAGGAUUUUGUAUUUUUAAAAUGUAUUUAUUUAUUUUCAUUUCAGCUCCACCACUAUCAGAUGUUAUCCUGCCAGAUUUUGUUCCUGCAAAUGAGGCCAUGAAUGUGAUAUGCAACAUAAAUGGAUUCCGACCCCCUCAUCAGCAUUCGGUGGUACCUUCUAAACCGAAAUCAUGA